UGUGACAAAUGUCCGAUACUGAAGAAGAAGAAAGCUUAAGAAAAUUUGUAAAAAUUACUCUUGUUGGAGAACCUGCAACUGGAAAAAGCUGCUUAUGCAGCCGGUACCGCGGCGACGGCGGGGCGGCGGGCGGCGCGGGCGGCACGCCGGGCGCGGAGGUGAGCGCGGCGCAGUGGGGGGGCGCGGCGCUGCGGCUGUGCGACGUGGCGGGCGCGGCGCUCCGCAGCGACAUGCUGGCGAACUACUUGUACGAUUCCGAUAUUGUAAUAUUUGUUUACGACCUGACAAAUUUACAAAGUUUUGAAAAGUUGACCGAGUGGAUAAAAGCAGUUAAAGAUAUUUUCGAAGUCGAAGCGAAAAAACCCUUGAUGGCUUUGUUCGGCAACAAGUCAGACUUAGAACAUCAGAGAGCUGUUAGAUUGUCUUGCGUGCAAAAAUUUGCGUCGGAAUAUUUAUUAGAAAACUUUAAAGGAUCCGCGAGAACAGGAGAAAUGGUUAACACCGCCUUCACAAAUUUAAUUGCAAGGGUUUUAGGGAAAAAAAUCCCCUUAGAAGUUGCUCCAUACAAAAAAAAUCAAGAUCAUCAAGAUUCCGCUCAGAUGAGUAAACCUCCACAGAUGCAAGACCCAGCAAACUCGCUCAUAAUGAGUAGGAAGAUGUUAAGGAAAGUUCAGAGGAAGGCUUCGUCGUCCGUGUGCCGUAUUCAAUAAUAAACAUUACAUAUUAAAAAAAAAAUUAUUUCGUUUCCUUCGUA